UCAACUCAACUACAAAUCUCUUCGCACAAGCUGAAAUCUUUUAUGGGCCCAAGCCCAAAUAUAUCUCAACCUCCAAAGGGUUAUGGGUUUUACAGUAAACAGCAAACAUAACAGCAGAAAGUAAGAAGAAAGAGGAAGAGGAAGGAGGAGCAAGCUAUGGUGCCAAUAGCAUCUCUAUGGGAUGAAGUGAGAGAGCUAAGUUUAGGAACUUCUGCAACAAAAAUAGAACGCCUAGAUUCACCUCCAUCUCCUCUUCAUUUCUUAAGAAAUUUUGUUUCUCCAAACAAACCCUGCAUCAUUUCUAAUGCUAUUUCCCAUUGGCCAGCCCUUUCUCUUUGGCCCAAUCACUCCUAUCUUUCCCAUUCCCUCUCCAACUCUUCCGUCUCCCUCCACAUCACACCUCACGGCCGCGCCGAUUCUCUCGUCCCCACCAGCACCAAUGCUCAUUCUCUCUGCUUCGCCUCUGCCCACGUCGAGCGCGUGCCAUUCACGCUCGCACUCGAUCGCGUUCUCACUAGUGAGCGCGGUAAAUACGUGGCAUACCUCCAGCAGCAGAAUGAUUGCUUUAGGACGGAGUAUGCGGCGGCUUUGGGCUCCGAUUGCGAUGCCCAUAUUGGUUGGGCAACGGAGGCGCUCGGUUGUCUUCCCGAGGCUGUGAAUUUGUGGAUUGGUAAUCAUUUGUCUGAGACUUCUUUUCACAAGGAUCAUUAUGAGAAUCUAUACGCUGUCGUUUCGGGGCAGAAGGAUUUCUUGUUGCUUCCUCCCACCGAUGUUCACCGUUUGUAUAUUCGUAAUUAUCCUGCUGCUCAAUACUUUUAUUCUCAGGAAAAUGGAGAAUUUAGAUUGGAAAUGGAGGAACCAGUGAGGUAUGUGCCAUGGUGUAGUGUGGAUCCUUACCCUUCUCCUCAGGCCGAAGACAGUGAAAGGGCUAAAUUUCCUUCGUAUUUUAAUGGCCCAAAGCCAUUUAAAUGUACAGUCAAGGCUGGAGAGGUUCUUUACUUGCCAAGUAUGUGGUUUCAUCAUGUGCGACAAAGUCCGGAUGAGAAAGGAUGCACUAUUGCCAUAAAUUAUUGGUAUGAUAUGCAGUUUGAUAUCAAGUAUGCAUAUUUCAACUUCCUGCAAUCAAUUCAUUGUGGACCAAGAUUGACUCAAACAAAACAUGAGACUUCAGGUUCUGAUGUAUCUAAUUGUAACUUGAGUGAUAAAUCAUGUAAGGGUGCACUUGUAUUGGUGGGAGUGGAGUCAAACCAAGAUAGUAAAGACGAAUGAACUGAUUUCUUAACCCGCAUAGCUUGAUCCUAUACUAGUGGAAUUCUUCUUAUCCCAUGAUUUAUGCUAUAAGAAAUUAAGAACGACCAAUUAUUUGAUGGACAAGUAGUUAUCCUCUGUUAUUUUGAGGCCUUAGGAUUUGUCAAUGUUAAUUUUGAUGAAUAAUAAAAAUAUUGCAAUAUUGCAUAUAAAAUUUCAUGAUUGCUGCAACAAAAUCUGUUGAGCUUGGUAUAGGUGGUUGUUGUUUUUGAGUUUUCUUCAUAUGAAGGAUGUAGAAGGCCCGAAAUGAUUGUUUAUAGGUGCUCGUUGUUUGGUAUAGGUGCUUGAUAUGGAGGAUGUAGAAGGCCUAGGAUGAUUGUAUGGUUAAAUUCAAAAUGGCUCCCCUGAUUGUUAUUUCCAAGGGAUGUCUUGAUUAUGGCUGUUCCCAGGACACAAACUUUUUUUUUAUCAUUGGGAGAGGAAUAUUCGAGGGUCUUUGUAGUUUGUACUGUUCGGAUAUGCACUUACUCCUAGGAUGAGCCUCCUAUUUGCAGGAUGCAUUGGAGAGGAGAAAUGAGGGAGACAAUAUUUCAAGUUCGGAUAUUGGAAUGGUUGCUUACUGACGCAAUGGUUAGCGCCAGCACCGGCAUAUGUCCAGGCAAGUGCUAUGUGGCUGCUUUGGAGCAGUUAUUUGAGGGCAUUUUCUUGCAGGUACGACUCUCCCCCCAACCAACUAGUUUUAAUUCUUCCCAGAAUGAUGGGGCCUAUGCUUUGAAGGGAGGCAUUAUAUUUUCAUAUAUAUCUAGAUGUGAUUCUUGUUGACAGUCUAUGAUUUUGUAAUUCAAUAUGCUUCUUUUUGCAUUUUAAUUUAGACAAAUGACAUGUAUCCGAUGUUCUCUUUCUUUC